AUGGCUCACAAGAAGGUGAAUCUCCAAUGGAUCACCAAAGCCUCCAGCCGUCGUGCGACCUUUAGGAGGCGCCGCGAUGGCAUUAAGAAGAAGGUCGAUGAGCUAGCCACGCUCUGUGGCACCAAGGUGGGUGUGGUGUUGUACGGCGAGAAUCAAGAUAAGCCAUUGGCUUGGCCUAAUGAUUCAGAGGCCAAAGCUAUGUUCCAAAAAUUCAUCGACAUGCCAGAUUAUGGCGAAAGAUUCAAGAAAACGCAGAAUCAGGAGGAACUCCUUAGCAAUCGCAUCCCCAAGCUCCAACACCAGGUAAGCAGGUUGGAACAUGAGAACUACAAACGUGAGAUCUCGUUCCUUCUCUAUGAGAGCAUGGAUGGACAACGCCCUGGCCUCAUCGGCACCACUGAGAAGGAACGCACCAGCCUUGGUGAGAUGGUAGAAGAGAAGACUAAGAAAGUCAAAGAACGUAUACGACAGCUUCGUCAGCUUGGCAUCUGGCAGGGAAAGGGAGCAGCACCGGAGCCCCCUCUGCCACUGCAGCUAGGGUCAUCGUCAGCCCAGCCACUAGCACCCUACACUUUCAAUGAGAUACAAACAUCAUUGGUGCCGGCAGUGGGACACGUGCCACCCCAGCAGCAGGAUUGGAUUGCUAGCCUCACCAACAACGGAGGGGAGCAUGGCACCAUCGUCUCCCGUCCCUUCGUCGGUAGCAGUGGCGGGGUUGACAUGUUGCACCCUUACAAUAUGGAUUAUUUCUCAAGGUUCCCAUAG